AUCUCAAAACCCGGAGAAGACAGAAGAACCCUAAAAAAAGCCUAAAAGAGUUUCUGUCACAGAACGCGCCCGCCAUUAGAGCAGCAGCUGCAAGCAGACGAAGAACCUUUUAGAGAGAGAGAGAGAGAGAAAAAGAGAAAAGAAAGAAGAAAAAAAUAUGGUUUCUGGUUCUGGAAUCUGCGCGAGGAGGGUGGUGGUUGACGCCAGGAACCACAUGCUCGGGAGGUUAGCUUCCAUUUUGGCUAAGGAAUUGUUGAACGGCCAGAAAGUUGUUGUGGUCAGAUGCGAGGAAAUUUGCCUUUCCGGCGGGUUAGUUCGCCAGAAGAUGAAGUACCAUAGGUUUCUCCGCAAGAGGAUGAACACCAAACCUUCCCACGGUCCUAUCCACUUCAGGGCACCUUCCAAAAUUCUCUGGCGCACAAUCCGUGGGAUGAUACCCCACAAGACAAAACGAGGAGCUGCUGCACUUGCUCGUUUGAAGGUUUAUGAGGGUGUCCCACCACCAUAUGACAAGACAAAGAGAAUGGUGAUCCCUGAUGCUCUCAAGGUUUUGAGGUUACAAGCUGGACAUAAAUACUGUUUGUUGGGUCAGCUUUCUUCUGAGGUUGGAUGGAACCAUUAUGACACCAUCAAGGUGAGUUUGCCCUUCUUCCGCGAGCAUUUUUGUGGAAAUUGACUUUCCCCUGUGUAGUUCUAUUCUGAUGGUUCUAUUUAGGUUCUAAUUUUUGGUGGAACUCGCAUUUUCUGAGUGCCACAAGGGUAUUUGUUGUACAUAAAAAAAAUCCUUUAAGAUCAGCCUUGAAUCGAUUUUCUCCUGUUAUUUCUCAUCUGCAUGCUUUAGCUUUGAUGCUAGUUUAUAAAUUGGAUGUGGAGUAUGAUGUAUAAACAUCCAAUAUUGCAUGCUUUCUUGAGUUUUAAGUGACUCUUAAGUUAAUCAACCUACAUAGACAGGCCCUAGAGCAUGAGUUUUCUAACAGUUAGGUAAACUAGUUUGACUGUCCUUGGUUGUUCACCUGUGAAUUUUGAAAUCCAUAUUACUUUCCCUCACCGUCACUGCUGGAAGAUUUUAGUGCACUGGUCAGGUGUCUCACCUGCCUCUAUCUCAGCCUCUAGGUGGUGUGAUUAGAGUCAAAUGAUUUCCUCCAUCGAUCUAUCUUUUUGUCUUCAGCCUGCUAGUUUUCGCUGCUACGACUGAAUCUUUAUUCCUUGUUUGACGAGUUCUCUGCAAAUCGCACUUACUGCAGGAGCUUGAGGAGAAGAGAAAACAAAGAGCUCAGAUUGCAUAUGAGAGGAAGAAGCAGUUGGCAAAACUGAGGCUUAAAGCUGAGAAGGUCGCUGAGGAAAAGCUUGGUCCUCAACUUGAAGUUAUUGCUCCUAUUACAUAUUGAAGUAGAGAUAAUUCGCCGGAGUGACAAAUUUUGUUGGAGAAUGAUGUUUGCUUUAGAUAUUUGGCAGUCAAAAUACUCUUGAAUGAUUUAUAGUUACUCUUAUGUGUUUUCUUUUUCCUGGUGUCAGAUUGUGAUGCAAAAUCAUUUCUAUUCACUAAAAUUUCUAUUAAACGGGAGUAGUAAUUCCAUUUUAAUGGGAAUGAUUUAUUAUAUUUUGGAAAGGGUAAAAUCAUUGGAAACCAUGGCCAUCAGCUGCUGCCUUUGGUGUUUUUUGUGGAUACAAUCUGAAGUCAAAACAAGUAAACCGAAGGAACAAUGUAACAAACAGUGGAAUCACACAUUCCCUCAUUGGAUAAAUUGCUCUCUUUUGUGACGCAUUCGAUGGGAUGGAAUUUAACAAGCUUUUGAAUUAAAUGGAUGAGCUUUGAAGAUUCUGCGACUUGGUGUCGGAACACCAGUGCGAGAAAAGGCAGAAUGUACACAAACCUUCUGGCACCCGGGGAGUUUGGCCUGCUACAAAACAAAACCUUGUCAUGAUCAUGAAUCUGGAGGCCUUAAACCGUUUCAUCAGAGGAAAUGACUAAGGUGGGGAUUUGUGCAACCGCCAUUAACAACAACCUAGAUCCGAUCCAGUUGAAGGCUACUAUACACAGCUAACAAGCUCUGGAUAUCAGGAGAUAGGACAAUAGAAAGUUUUUCUUUCCCCAGGAAGAGGCCUUUGCUUCAUGGAUGAUCAUUAUUUGAUCAGAUUCGUGAAUUACUGUUACUUUGUGUGGAGGAUGAUCGGUUCCCG